UGAACGUCACUGGGCCAUCAUUCCACUGCGAGCAGACAGCAGAAAGAAGAAGAGUUUGCUUGCAGUCAUUAGCGGAGAAGAAAAUAUUGAAGUGAUUUUGGGAAGCUGCUACAUCUGGAAAAGGUACCACUCAGCGAAGUAACCCAACAAAAACGACACCGAAAACCAGCAUAACUGUUCUAGAGUGCCAACCAUUGACCAGCUUUCGUCAUCCGUGUGCCAACUACCACAAUGUACCCGUUCAGGAAACGUUGACAUUGAAACCCCGUAUGCAUUUUUUAUCUUUCGGCACCAGUUAGCAAACGGCAAUAGACCACUACGGGAGAAUGAGUAUCGAUUCCUCCGGUUGGACCCAUCGUGCAAUUCCACUUAGACGCAAAUAAUCAGGGAGUUUUUUUUUGUUGCUCGGGUUGAUCGGAAACGGUCCUUCGGUACACGGGCCGAUUAAUUGAAGAAGCGAUAGAAGAUAGAAAAUGGGAAGUUGUUUGACAUGCUUCCGUGCACCACCGAAUCCGACAAGCAGCAGUGCCGCCACGACUGGAUUGGUAGCCGGGACGGACACGGCCGUAUUGGAUCCGGAAUCGGCGAUCCAUGAAACAGCCGACUUGCUGGCCGCCAGCCCAAUACGAAUACCUUCGCUCGGUCUCGGUUCAGAUCGGAAGAGUGACAGUUUUAAGAAAUCAAUUGGAUUACUUAAUGGAAACCUUGGCACCCUACCGGACGGUACCAAUCUGCCAGGCAAGGAUCUCGCAACGCAAAUCUCGGACAACGAUCUGAAUAAACUGUUCGAGGAAUACAAGGACGAACAGGAGGACGCAAUCCUGUCGGAUGGCAUCGAACGGCUGUGCUGUGAACUUGGUUAUAAGCCGGACGAUUUUGCCAUUCUGCUGCUGGCGUGGCGCCUGGACGCAUCGCAAAUGUGUCAGUUUACGAAAGCCGAAUUUAUACAGGGUCUGCAGAAGAUGAACGCCGCCAGUAUUGACGACAUCAAGGUUCGGCUGAAGCAGAACAUCGAGAAGCUCAAAGAUGAUUCGGAAGAUUUUAAACUGUUGUACCGAUUCACGUUCCGUUUCGGGCUUGAACCAGGACAACGGAUUCUUUCGCUCGACAUGGCCAUCAGUUUGUGGCGGCUCGUAUUCACCGUUCACACACCGGACAUCUUACCUCGAUGGUUGCACUUCCUAGAACAGCAUCAGAACAUCCGCGGUGUACCGAAGGACACCUGGAAUAUGUUUUUGAACUUUGUAGAAACCUGUGAUAUUACACAGUACGACGAUACCGAAGCCUGGCCCAGCUUAUUCGACGACUUUGUCGAGUACGAACAGGAACGGAUAAAGCAGGCCAAAGGCCCGCCCGGCAAGGACCCCGACGGACUCGAAGAGGAUGAUAACAAUAACGGCUUCAAUUCAUAGUAUUUUGCUACCGAUGUCUUCGUACUCAGUGCUUUUGCGCGAUCGACGCGCUUUGACUAUUUAUUUCUAGCAAACAGCGCGGAAAUCCCACUGGAAUUUAUCUCGUUUGCUUGCUGCCAUUUUCCGUCGCAGUAUGACUUAAUGAAACAUGCGAGUAUCCUUCCUCGGCUCGUUUCGAUAGCGCGCCCGUGAAAUGCGAACAGGAAACAAAUAUUUAACAACAUUACAUGUUAAUCAUUUGUUCAACGUAACGAUUUUUUUUUUAAUGUUUAAGACUAUAAGUACUCUUACAUCUGUUUUUUUACACGCAUACAUAGAUAUCUAAAUUUAUCGUAAUACAAUAUGAUUUUAAGGAGACAAACAACUGCUACAAGUUGAUUGAAUUUAAACAAAAAAAAAACACGGAAAUAAAUUUAGUCUACCUUGCGCGAAACCAGUUUUAUUAGAAUGCAAAUUUCAUAUCAGUGAACUGAUAUCGAUCUGCGGGUUAUUGACCCUACCAGAAAAAUAACGGAAACGAAACGAAAAAAAAAAAUAGUAAAAGAAUUUAUGUACACACGCUUUUCGGCAGAGCAGAAUAUUUUUCCUGUGACAAAAAAGAGAAAAAAAAAACAAACAAACAAAGCAGCUGUAGCACUUUAACCGACUUAACACAACUUUUUCACAUUUUAGCUCAAAAGGAAACGGAAAAACAAGCGAAUUUCUUAUUUCGGAAAAUGUGUGUGUGUGUUAAAUGUCCUUGUUGGAAACCAGUUCUGAAAAAAAAAAAACAAAAACAAAAAUCGUGAAAGCAUCUAUAGGCUAAAUUUAAACCAGCUAGUGAAGCUCUAUUUAAGAUAAAUCUAGACAAAUGGAUUAAUAAAACAAAAGUAUCAACACAA